GUCGUGAGGGCACUAUUUAAGUUGGUUUGCCAACCGUCAUUAACACCAGAAGAAGAGGAAGAAGAAGCAGAAGAAGACGACGAAGAAGCUGCUGCUUUCAGACGCAACAGUGAUGUUUAUUUAGUCUUCUGAGAAGAGUGGCUGUGCAAAGUUGCUGGAUAUUGGCAGGAACUGGAACACGCUGUCGUAUACACCGAUCCAGAGCGUCCCAAACAUGCUCAAUGGUUGACAUGUCCGACAGAAAUUCAUCAUCAGUGAAGCUCCUCCCACAAACCCUGCAGAAUGAAACACACUGAAGAUACUGAAGAACAAACAGAUUUGAAUGAAAAAAUCAAGAUAGAAGAACUGAGUGAAGUUGAGGUGAAAAAUCAUGCUAAAACUGGAGAAAAUCCUUUGCGUUGCUCUCAAACCAAACAGAAAGCUUUAAAGAAAAGAGGCCCCAAGAAAUCAUUCACCUGCACUCAGUGUGGAAAGAGUUUGACAAACAAACAUCAUGUUGUGCUUCACAUGAGAGUUCACACUGGAGAAAAACCAUUCACAUGUGAUCAGUGCGGGAAGAGUUUCGCAAGAUCAGCAAACCUUAAGAGACACAUGAAUGUCCACACAGGAGAGAAACCUUACAAGUGUUCACACUGUGACAAGAGAUUCAGUCGGUCAUCAAAUCUGAAAACACACAAGAGGAUCCACACUGGAGAGAAACCACACACAUGUGAUCAGUGCGGGAAGAGUUUCACAAUAAAAGGACGUCUUAGAGACCAUAUGAGGAUCCACACCGGAGAGAAACUUUUCACUUGUGAUCAAUGCGGGAAGAGUUUCACACAAUCAUCAAACCUUAAAGAUCACAUGAACAUCCACACCAGAGAGAAACUGUACUCAUGUGAUGAAUGUGACAAAACAUUUUUGAGGACUUCAGAUCUGAAAAAACACCUGAGAGUUCAUUCGAAUGUGAAGCCACACUCAUGUCAUUUGUGUGGAAAAAGCUUUUCAUGUUUAGAAAAUGCAAAAAAACAUCAGAAAAUACAUACUGGUGUGAGAGAUCAUGUGUGCUUUGAGUGUGGGAGGACUUUUACUACAGUUGAACAUUUAAAACUGCACUGGAGGAUUCACACUGGAGAGAAACCUUACAAGUGUUCACACUGUGACAAGAGAUUCAUUCGGUCAGGAACCCUGAAAAUACAUGAGAGGAUUCACACUGGAGAGAAACCUUACAAGUGUUCACACUGUGUCAAGAGAUUCAUUCGGUCAGGAACCCUGAAAAUACAUGAGAGGAUUCACACUGGAGAGAAACCUUACAAGUGUUCACACUGUGACAAGAGAUUCAGUGCUUCUGGAGACCUGAAAAGACAUGAGAGGAUUCACACUGGAGAGAAACCGUAUCACUGCACUGAAUGUGGGAAGCGUUUUAAUUAUGCAUCUUCUCUACACAUUCAUACAAAAAAACAUUCACAGUAAUUCGAUCAUCUUAAGAUCCAGCACUUUCAGAUGUCCUCAACAAAUGAGACACAAUAAUUCCUCAAGCAAUAAAAUAUAACCUGGAUAAAUGUCAUUACAAGUGACGACAUAAAAAAAUAUCACAUUGUUUCACAGUGAAUAAAGUUAAUUUUCAAAACCA